UACCUCUCGCUUCGCUAGUUCAGUAACAAUUCGGCAUCAGAAGCAGCAUGUACAUAUUACCAUCAAAUGUAAAAACUUUAACUUAACUUUAUUUUGUAACAAUUUGUGAACAUAGGUACUCGUUUUAUUUGGUAAACUAUUAGAAAUAAACUAAUAAUCAAAAUAUAUAGUCAUAACACGAGUAGUGUUAUUUACAUUUUUUUUCUUCAAUCAUCGCUGCGCGAUUUAUCAUCGGCCGUGGUUCGGGCGGCUUGGGGUCGUAAGAUCGUUUUUUACUGUUGACAACAAUACAGUUCUCAUGGCGCCUAACAUUAUUCGGCCUAGUCAAAUGUUAAUAUUCAACUCUGCCAUGUGUUACGUGAAACAGCGACAGCAUUCGGCCGCUGGAGACGUCGGCGGUGGAUCGUCAAUGUCGCCGAAAUCACCGCCGGCCAAGCGGACGUACGUAAAAAAUAUCUCACCCGAGGAGAAAAUAUUGCGCAAGAAAUUACGAAAUAGAGAAGCAGCACAAUUGUCUAGAGAUAAAAAGAAAGCACAAUUCAAUAUUUUAUCAGGAAUGGUUCAUGGCUUAAGAAAAGAGAAUGUACAUUUAAAAGAAGAAAUAGAAACUUUACGGGCCAACCAAGAGCAAUUGAUUGCCGAAAAUGAAAGAUUACGAGAACAACUUUCCAUUGAGUCAUCCGUACCAAAAUCAGUAGUUACAGAUUUCUGUACAACAGCAGUUAAUAACAAGUUUUCGAUUGAUGGACCUGCCGUGUCCAAUAGACACCCUCUGCAGAAGGGCAAACGGAGUCGAAUAUCUUGUUUGAUGCUCUGUUAUCAGAUUCUGUUCCUAUUACUGACCAUUCCAUCCUACAUGAUCUCAAGCUUCCAGAGGACGAUGAUGAUAUGGAUUGGCUUGACAACAAUGUUUCAAAACGUUUGGAGAAAAUUGCUGAUGAACUACUCGGCGAAAGUUUCCUUAAUGAAUGUUCUCUUGAUGAAAUGGUGGGGGACACAUCAGAAGUCAUGGAACCCGGUCAAAAUAUUGAUUUACCCAAUGCAAACAUAAAUGAUAAUGAUCCAAUAUUCAUGCUAAACACAGACACAGAUUUAAUUACAGAUACAGUUAAAAUUCCAAAUGAAGAAAUGCAAUUUUUGGCACCUAAUAAU